CUCUGCUCUCACAUUUCUAAGAUAGUGCCGACAGUGUCGGUGCUGGAUGUGAAGAUGGGGCACACUCUGCUCGCUGUGCUCGGGUUAUUCUUGCUGAAUACACUCCUGUACGGACAUGCUGAAGAUGCUGAUGCAGUCCUGGAAGUUCCUGAAUUCACUUGGUUUGAAGGAGAGUCGGUGACUCUGCGCUGUAAACAUCGUACUACAAGACGUACGAUGACAGCUUCCUUUUACAAAAAUGGAUCACUUAUUAAAAUGGACACAAACCAUUGGUCAUCCACAACAGGAGAAUUGACAUUUCGAGUGUCAGUGUCAGAUGAGGGCUGGUACAAGUGUCAGUUUGCUGAUGGGACAGAAUCUGAAGAAAGAGAGCUGAGAGUGAAAGCAGGUAGACGUAGAGUCACACUGACAGCAGACAGGACAAUCAUACCACUGGGGGGCAACGUGACACUGACAUGUUCUGUGGAGGAUCCUGCUGGAUUCAAAUAUGACUGGUUCAGACAGAAGUCAGACUAUUCUGGAAAAACUUUUCUUUACACUGAGAAUUUUGAUGAAUCAAACAGAGUUAUCUCACAAGGAGGCAAAUACACCUGCAGAGGAUGGAGAAGAGAACCAUAUGUCGUCACACCUGAUAGUAAUGAAGUCGUCAUUUAUGAAACUGUUCCAAACAAGGCUGUUGUGACUCUGCAGCCAAACUGGUCUGAAAUAUACAGAGGAGAGAGGAUCACUCUCAGAUGUGAGAUCCAGGGAGGUGGAGAUAAUAAAUGGACAUAUGAAUGGACUAAAGAUGACGUCAACACACUUUCAACAUUCAGUGAAUACAGGAUUACCAGUGCUACUUGGGCUGAUGGUGGAAAAUACAGAUGUAUGGGAAGAAGAGACGCAUAUUCCUUAACACGGUGGAGUGAUCCCGUAAUACUGACAGUAUCAGACAAAGCCCAGUCUGUCCUCACUGUGUCUCCAUCAUGGCUGAGUGCUGGAGCCUCAGUAACUCUGAACUGCAGAGUUAAAGAUCAAUCUUCAGGAUGGAGGUUCUACUGGUAUAAGACUGUUCCUGAUCCAUCAGACAACUUCUACAGCUAUGAGCUGCUACCUGGCAGCAGCAGUGGGACUGAACAGGAUUCCUACAUUGUUGAUGGACAGACACACACAGCAGGAUAUGUGUGCAGAGCUGGAAGAGGAGAUCCAGUGUUUUACACUGAUUACAGUCAACCUCAGUUUGUCUGGUCUGCAGAUUUUUACUCAUCAGCGUCUCUCACAGUGAGUCCUGACAGAGCUCAACACUUCACCUCUGACUCUGUCUCACUGAGCUGUGAGGGAAACUCUACUGAGUGGAGAGUGAUGAGGUCACCUGAGAACAGAUACCUGUCAGACUGCUCCACCUGGAGGACAAUGACUGGAUCUACAUGCAAACUAAAGAUUAACUGGCUCAGUGAUGCAGUGUACUGGUGUGAGUCUGGAUCAGGAGAGUUCAGCAACUCAGUCAACAUCACUAUACUGAAUGAAAGUAUGAUCCUGCUGAGCCCUGCCCGUCCUGUGACUGAGGGAGAUUCUGUUAGUCUGAGCUGCAAAUUAAGAAGUCAAACAUUUGACUCCACUGUGUUUUUCUAUCACAAUGAGAAAGUCAUUCAAAGUGACACCAGAUGGGAGUUAAAUAUCUCUGCAGUGUCAAAGUCAGAUGAAGGAUUCUACAAGUGUCAACACUCAGGACAAGAGUCAGCACAGAGCUGGAUGUCAGUUCAGGCAGGUAGACGUUCAGUCACGCUGACAGCAGACAGGACAAUCAUACCACUGGGGGGCAGCGUGACACUGACAUGUACUGUGGAGGAUCCUGCUGGAUUCAGAUAUCAGUGGUUCAGACAGACCUCAGACUCUUCUGGAAAAACUUCUCUUCAGACCGAAAAUGUUGAUGAAUCAAACAGAGUUAUCUCACAAGGAGGCAAAUACACCUGCAGAGGAUUGAGAAGUGAACCACAUGUCUUCUUACCUGAUAGUAAUGCAGUCAUCAUUUAUGAAACUGUUUCCAACAGGGCCACUUUGACCCUUCAACCCAACUGGCCUCAGAUAUUCAGUGGAGAGACGAUCACUCUCAGAUGUGACAUCCAGAGAGGUGGAGUUAAUAAAUGGAUGUAUAAAUGGACUAAAGACAACUUAAACACACCUCCGACAUACAAUGAAUACAGGAUUAUCAGUGCUACUGAGGCUGACAGUGGAGAAUACAGGUGUAAAGGAAGAAGAGACUCAUAUUCCUCAACACGGUGGAGUGAUGUCAUCACAUUGACAGUAUCAUCAAACAGACCAAAGGCUGAACUGAGGGCUGAUGACAGAGACAUUCCUGUAGGGGGCAGUGUGACCCUGACCUGCUCUGUGAAUACAUCAUCAUCUGGUUGGAAAUACUUCUGGUACAGAGGAGAGAAAACAUCUGAACCUCUGAGCUCUCAACUCUCAGCUGGACCAAUCAGAGUCUCAGAGGGAGGAGUCUACUGGUGCAGAGGAGGAAGAGGAGAUCCAGUUUACUACACAGAGUACAGUGAUCCAGUCACUAUCCAUAAAAAGGUUCCAAACAAGGCUGUUGUGACUCUGCAGCCAAACUGGUCUGAAAUAUUCAGAGGAGACAGGAUCACUCUCAGAUGUGAGAUCAAAGAUGGAGGAGACACUGAGUGGGAGUAUGAAUGGAAAACAAGCAGCUCAGAAAAACCUUCAAAUCAAAAUGAACUCAGCAUUAGAUCUGUUUCUGCAUCCCACAGUGGAGUCUACAGGUGUAAGGGCAGAAAGAAAAGAGAAAAGUCUUCAUCAGAUUGGAGUGAUUCCUUCAUACUGACAGUAUCAGACAAAGCCCAGUCUGUCCUCACUGUGUCUCCAUCAUGGCUGAGUGCUGGAGCCUCAGUAACUCUGAACUGCAGAGUUAAAGAUCAAUCUGCAGGAUGGAGGUUCUACUGGUAUAAGACUGUUCCUGAUCCAUCAGACAACUUCUACAGCUAUGAGCUGCUACCUGGCAGCAGCAGUGGGACUGAACAGGAUUCCUACAUUGUUGAUGGACAGACACACACAGCAGGAUAUGUGUGCAGAGCUGGAAGAGGAGAUCCAGUGUUUUACACUGAUUACAGUCAACCUCAGUUUGUCUGGUCUGCGGAUUUUCACUCAUCAGCGUCUCUCACAGUGAGUCCUGACAGAGCUCAACACUUCACCUCUGACUCUGUCUCACUGAGCUGUGAGGGAAACUCUACUGAGUGGAGAGUGAUGAGGUCACCUGAGAACAGAUACCUGUCAGACUGCUCCACCUGGGGGACAAUGACUGGAUCUACAUGCAAACUAAACACUUACUGGCUCAGUGGUGCAGUGUACUGGUGUGAGUCUGGAUCAGGAGAGUUCAGCAACUCAGUCAACAUCACUAUACUGAAUAAAAAUAUGAUCCUGCUGAGCCCUGCCCGUCCUGUGACUGAGGGAGAUUCUGUUAGUCUGAGCUGCAAAUCAAGAAGACAAACAUUUGACUCCACUGUGUUUUUCUAUCACAAUGAGAACGUCAUUCAAAGUGACACCAGAUGGGAGUUAAAUAUCUCUGCAGUGUCAAAGUCAGAUGAAGGAUUCUACAAGUGUCAACACUCAGGACAAGAGUCAGCACAGAGCUGGAUGUCAGUUCAGGCAGUGUCCAGGCCUGAAAGCUCUUCACUUCCUGUUCUGUUGAUUGUUGGGCUGGUUUGUGGAGUCGUUCUUGUUUUUCCUCUGCUAGUUUUGUUUUGCUACAGAGCAUCCAAUGAUUCAUGCUUUGUCAGACCAGUCCAGUCUGAGAGCUCCAACACAGAUCAUGUGGACUACGAGGUUGAUCAUUACUCCACUCUCCUCCAUGGUGAUGUUUGUCUUUAUGAAACAAUCAGAGGACGUCAAGAAGCUGAACAUGAUUCAUGCUUUGUCAGACCAGUCCAGUCUGAGAGCUCCAACACAGAUCAUGUGGACUCUGAGAAUGAUCAUUACUCCACUCUCCUCCAUGGUGAUGUUUGUCUCUAUGAAACAAUCAGAGACGGUCAAGAAGCUGAACAUGGACAAGAACAUUUCUCUCAGAAGCAGAGCGUCCGGCUGGAUGUGAAGAUGGGGCACAUUUUGCUCUGUGUGCUGGGGUUAUUCUUGCUGAAUACACUCCUCUAUGGACAUGCUGAAGUUCCAAACAAGGCUGUUGUGACUCUGCAGCCAAACUGGUCUGAAAUAUUCAGAGGAGAGAGGAUCACUCUCAGAUGUGAGAUCAAAGAUGGAGGAGACACUGAGUGGGAGUAUGAAUGGAGAACAAGCAGCUCAGAAAAACCCUCAAAUCAAAAUGAACUCAGCAUUAGAUCUGUUUCUACACCUAACAGUGGAGUCUACAGGUGUAAGGGCAGAAAGAAAAGAGAAAAGUCUUCAACAGAUUGGAGUGAUCGCUUCACACUGACAGUAUCAUACAAACCCCGGCCUGUCCUCACUGUGUCUCCAUCAUGGCUGAGUGCUGGAGCCUCAGUAACUCUGAACUGCAGAGUUAAAGAUCAAUCUGCAGGAUGGAGGUUCUACUGGUAUAAGACUGUUCCCAAACCAUCAGACAACUUCUACAGCUAUAAGCUGCUACCUGGCAGCAGCAGUGGGACUGAACAGGAUUCCUACAUUGUUGAUGGACAGACACACACAGCAGGAUAUGUGUGCAGAGCUGGAAGAGGAGAUCCAGUGUUUUACACCGAUUACAGUCAACCUCAGUUUGUCUGGUCUGCAGAUUUUCACUCAUCAGCGUCUCUCAGAGUGAGUCCUGACAGAGCUCAACACUUCACCUCUGACUCUGUCUCACUGAGCUGUGAGGGAAACUCUGUUAAGUGGAGAGUGAAGAGGUUAACUGAGAACAGAUACCUGUCAGACUGCUCCACCUGGGGGACAAUGACUGGAUCUACAUGCAAACUAAAGAGUAACAGGCUCAGUGAUGCAGUGUACUGGUGUGAGUCUGGAUCAGGAGAGUUCAGCAACGCAGUCAACAUCACUGUACAGGAAGCCCAGUCUGUCCUCACUGUGUCUCCAUCAUGGCUGAGUGCUGGAGCCUCAGUAACUCUGAACUGCAGAGUUAAAGAUCAAUCUUCAGGAUGGAGGUUCUACUGGUAUAAGACUGUUCCUGAUCCAUCAGACAACUUCUACAGCUAUGAGCUGCUACCUGGCAGCAGCAGUGGGACUGAACAGGAUUCCUACAUUGUUCAUGGACAGACACACACAGCAGGAUAUGUGUGCAGAGCUGGAAGAGGAGAUCCAGUGUUUUACACCAAUUACAGUCAACCUCAGUUUGUCUGGUCUGCAGAUUUUCACUCAUCAGCGUCUCUCACAGUGAGUCCUGACAGAGCUCAACACUUCACCCAUUUUUCUGUCUCACUGAGCUGUGAGGGAAACUCUGCUGAGUGGAGAGUGAGGAGGUCACCUGAGGACAGAUACCUGUCAGACUGCUCCACCUGGAGGACAAUGACUGGAUAUACAUGCAAAUUAAAGAUUACCUCGUUCAGUGAUGCAGUGUACUGGUGUGAGUCUGGAUCAGGAGAGUUCAGCAACGCAGUCAACAUGACUAUACUGAAUAAAAAUAUUAUCCUGCAGAGCCCUGCCCGUCCUGUGACUGAGGGAGAUUCUGUUAGUCUGAGCUGCAAAUUAAGACGACAAACAUUUGACUCCACUGUGUUUUUCUAUCACAAUGAGAAAGUCAUUCAAGGUGACACCAGAUGGGAGUUAAAUAUCUCUGCAGUGUCAAAGUCAGAUGAAGGAUUCUACAAGUGUCGACACUCAGGACAAGAGUCAGCACAGAGCUGGAUGUCAGUUCAGGUGUCCAGGCCUAAAAGCUCUUCAUUUGCUGUACCGUUGAUUGUUGGGCUGGUUUCUGGAGUCGUUCUUGUUAUUCCGCUGCUCGUUUUGCUUUGCUACAGAGCGUCCGAUGAUUCAUGCUUUGUCAGACCAGUCCAGUCUGAGAGUGCCAACAGGGAUUGUGUGGACUGCCAAAGUGAUAAUUACUCCGCUCUUCUCCAUGGUGAUGUUUGUGUCUAUGAAACAAUCAGAGGCCCGCAGGAAGCUGAACAUGAUGAUGAACCAGAAGUGAGCUCUGUUUACAUGAAUGUACAGAUGAGAUCAGCCGCAGAGGUGGAGGCCAAUAAGCAGAGUGCCCGGCUGGAUGUGAAGAUGGGGCACAUUUUGCUCUGUGUGCUGGGUUUAUUCUUGCUGAAUACACUCCUCUAUGGACAUGCUGAAGCAAACAGACCAAAGGCUGAACUGAGGGCUGAUGACAGAGUCAUUCCUGUAGGGGGCAGUGUGACCCUGACCUGCUCUGUGAAUACAUCAUCAUCUGGUUGGAAAUACUUCUGGUACAGAGGAGAGAAAACAUCUGAACCUCUGAGCUCUCAACUCUCAGCUGGACCAAUCAGAGCCUCAGAGGGAGGAGUCUACUGGUGCAGAGGAGGAAGAGGAGAUCCAGUUUACUACACAGAGUCCAGUGAUCCAGUCACUAUCCAUGAAAAUGUUCCAAUCAAGGCUGUUGUGACUCUGCAGCCAAACUGGUCUGAAAUAUUCAGAGGAGAGAGGAUCACUCUCAGAUGUGAGAUCAAAGAUGGAGGAGACACUGAGUGGGAGUAUGAAUGGAGAACAACCAGCUCAGAAAAACCUUUCAAUCAAAAUGAACUCAGAAUAAGAUUUGCUACUGCACACCACAGUGGAGACUACAGGUGUAAGGGCAGAAAGAAAAGUGAAAGGUCUUCAACAGAUUGGAGUGAUCCCUUCAUACUGACAGUAUCAGACAAGGCACCCCGGCCUGUCCUCAGUGUGUCUCCAUCAUGGCUGAGUGCUGGAGCCUCUGUGACUCUGAACUGCAGUGUUACAGAUCAAUCUUCAGGAUGGAGGUUCUACUGGUUUAAGAGUGCUCCUAAACUAUCAAAAAAUGUCUACAGCACUGAGCUGCUACCUGGCAACAGCAGUGGGACUGAACAGGAUUCCUACAUUGUUCAUGGACAGACACGCACAGCACGAUAUCUGUGUAAAGCUGGAAGAGGAGAUCCAAUGUAUAAAACGGAUUACAGCACAUCUAAGUUCGUCUGGUCUGCAGAUUUUCACUCAUCAGCGUCUCUCACAGUGAGUCCUGACAGAGCUCAACACUUCACCUCUGACUCUGUCUCACUGAGCUGUGAGGGAAACUCUACUGAGUGGAGAGUGCAGAGGUUAGUUGAGGGCCACUAUGCGUCAGACUGCACCACCUGGGGGACAAUGACUGGAUCUACAUGCAAUAUAAGUACUAAACUGCUCAGUGAUGCAGUGUACUGGUGUGAGUCUGGAUCAGGAGAGUUCAGCAACGCAGUCAACAUCACUAUACAGAAGCCUGAAAGGUUUUCAUUUGCUGUUCCGUUGAUUAUUGGGCUGGUUUCUGGAGUCGUUCUUGUUAUUCCUCUGCUCGUUUUGUUUCGCUACAGAGCGUCCGAUGAUUCAUGCUUUCACGGACCAGUCCAGUCUGACAGUGCCAACAGGGAUUGCAUGGACUACGAGAAUGAUAAUUACUCCACUCUUUUCCAUGGUGAUGUUUGUCUCUAUGAAACAGUCAGAGGCCAUCAAGAAUAUGAACAUGGGAUGGAUGAAGAACCAGAAGAAAGCGCUGUUUACAUGAAUGUACAGAGGAGAUCAGCUGCAGGUCAAUAAAGAAAUCUCCAACAACAAAACCAAUGGAAUGGAUGACAACAUGGUAAACUACAUGCUUGUAUUAAGAGCAUUUAUGUUAUCAUUAUGUGCACAUCUGCUUUUCAAAUACGGCACAACAUUUUGUGAAUGUUAAUCUUAUAGCUGGUCUUUUUAAAUAAAUAUAUCAUAUGGCUUGGAUCUUCUACAGAUUAUUACAUGUAAUAACUGGAGUUUUUUUUAACUUAAUGCUCAGUAUCUCUUCUUUUGUUUUGUUCAUUCUUUUCAAAACUCCUGUUCACAUUUGUUACUGUUUGUUGUUCCAAAAAACAAAUAAUUUGGGCCUUGAUACUCUUGACUUGAAAGCCGGCAUCUUUUGUAGUUUUUGAUUAUAUAUUGACAUCAAUGAAUGUAUUAUAUGUGAAAGACACAUCCUGUUACACAUACAAGUUUGUUCUGUCAUUCUGAAAAAGGUUUGAGACUUUCUUUAUUUUAGUUUAACCUGGAUGUAUUUUACUUUUUAUUUUGUUUUUUUAAAAGUGUGGUUGACCCU